GUUUUCCUGCACACCUUCUCGCGCUCUCUCUCUCUCUCUCUCUCUCUCUCUCUCAUACAUCGCUAGAAUGAGGAGGUGUGCGGCGCUGUUGCGGCGGUCGUGGACCUCGAGCGGCGGCGGCGGAAUCGUGGGCCUCCGCCGGCAACCCCAGUUCCUCCUUCCUCUCCCAAGUUAUGCCGAUGACGCACAAAGAGCCGUCCCUUCCAUGGUCGCCUCUGCCUUCGCCGCUAUCUCUCUUCCCCGGACCUUCUCCUCAGCUUCGUCUCCUUCAGUCCACUAAGGCCAAUCUUGCAAUCUCGGGUUCGUCAAGCAUGCACCUUGUCAAGUCAGAAGAACAAUUCGAUGGUGUGCUUGCCAAGAUCCGAGAUGAGUCUGCACCAGCAAUUUUGUACUUCACUGCGGCAUGGUGUGGUCCUUGCAGAUUCAUGUCCCCUGCCAUUGAAGCAUUGAAUGAGAAGUACCCUCAUGUGACUACGUAUAAAAUUGACAUUGAUCAGGAGGGCAUUCAAGACAAAUUGAUGGAGCUGAGGAUCGACUCUGUGCCGAGACUUCAUUUCUUCAGCAAGGGGCAGAAGGUAGAUGAAAUUGUGGGAGCUGAUAUUGAACGCUUGAAGCAUACAAUGGAUAGGCUAUACAAGUGAUUCUUUUAUGGCCUCUUGCGCUAUACAGAUGUGUUUGUGCAUAUGAGCUGACAUAACUGCUCCUACCCUAUUGGGCCUUAGGGGCUGCUGGCCCUGCAUAGGAGUGCAUCGCCUUCUGUAGAGUUUGUGAGGCGACGACUGUAUCUGUCGUGGCGGUCCUGAGACUUCUUGGACUUCUUUUUGUCAUGUUUUUCAUUGAUUAGGAUUACCCAGUGUGAAAUAACUUAUGAUUUCCCGAUGAAAGCCUCUAAUAAAACAUGGGGAACUUUCUCUUGGCUGCC